UUCCUCUUAUAAAAUUCGGGUAUAAGCAAUGGAAAUAGCUAAGAGGAGAUGCAUUGACCUUACAAGUACAAUUGUAACAACCGCAUAUUUAAUCUGAACAUGUUUAAGAGACUCGUUAGAACAUCAGUACCUUUAGUUGCAUUUGGUGUUGGAGUUGCAGCUUUUCCUGCUAAUUGGAGGAAAGGUAAUUGGAGAGAGAAGAAAUUGUUACAUAUCAAUGACGAUGUGGUGGAGAAGAUAACAUUAAGUAAAGAGUAUAAAGACUUGGCUGCUGAUCCAGAUACCAGCCAAUAUAGUAGUAGUGAGACAUUCCCAAACCAACAUCAUAAGAAUUAUGUUGGUACGGGGUUAUUAUUUGGACCUGAUUUAUUUGAAAUUGAUCCGAUAGUAUUUUUGAAUGAGAAGAAAGGGGAAUUGACUAGUUUUUACCAUUUAGGUGACAAAUUAAUUAGUCAAGAUGGUCAAGUGCAUAAUGGUGUAGUAUCUACGAUAUUAGAUGAAGGAUUGUGUUCUUGUGGGUUCCCCCUUUUACCCUCGAAAAAGGGGGUGACGGCAUCAUUGUCAAUAGAUUUUAAAAAUCAGGCACCUCCUGGUAGUACUGUUGUAUUAAGAGCUAAAGUGGUGGAAGCCAAAGGAAGAAAGGUAGUCAUUGAAGGCAACCUAGAAACAUUGCCAUUCGAUAAAAGUGAGCAACCCAUCGAAAUUGCCCAUUCAAGAUGUGUUUUGGUGGAACCUAAAUGGUUCAAAUAUUUCUCUUGGUUCCAGAUUAUAUAAGUAUCUUUUGAUGUCAUCAGUGGAGAAAUAUAUAUGAUUGCUAAAUUCAUUUAAAUGCCUAAUGCUUGCUAUUGCGAAAGCGGGACUUUUAUUUUUAAUCUAUAGCAACACUGUACUACGUCA